CGAGGUUGUCGUUUCGUCGUGUGCUUCACUAUAACGAUCGUUCCUUUCAGAUGAGGAUAUAAGGACAAGUGGUGGGAGCACGAAGGACAUCCAACCACUAACUGUUACUAACAUGAGCAAGACCCACAUAACAAAGCCAAUUACAUAGAGGAUCAGUAAAAGGUUUGUGCAAGUCAUAGGAGGCAGGUGUCUGAAAUACUAAGAACAUAUUCUAAUGCAUUACACACACCAAGAAGAAUGCCUACAAAUAAAUAUCAGUGCAAGAGCAAUGUGAAGUUAACAUCAUUCUUUGCUUUGAUUGUUAACUUGCACUUCAGUUUUGCGUAUACAAAAGAUAACUUUAUUGUUGAAGGUGACAAAAAUUCACCAGUUGUAAAUCAGUCACAAAAUACAAUAUGUUCCAAAACUGCAAUAGGAGAUGAUCUGAAACCAAAUAUUGUCCUGAUUAUGGCGGAUGACCUGGGCUGGGGUGACUUUGGCUCAUACUGGCCUCACACAGCUUUGACACCAAAUGUUGAUGCCAUUACCAAGGAAGGAAUGAGGCUCACAGAUUUUCAUGCUAGUGCAUCGGUGUGUGCACCAUCUCGAAGUGCACUCCUCACUGGUCGACUUGGACUAAGGACUGGAGUUGUGCAAAACUUUGCUAAAGAUGCUGUCGGGGGUAUUCCUGAGAAUGAGACAACGUUGGCAGAAAUCUUGAGGGAUGCUGGAUAUAGGACUGCUAUGAUUGGAAAAUGGCAUCUGGGUACAUCACCUGGUCACCAUCCUAUAGAUAAAGGUUUUCAGGCCUAUCUCGGAAUUCCAUACAGUAUUGACAUGGGCUGUACUGAUCCACCAGGGGCAAAUUUACCAGCCUGUCCUCCCUGCCCCCAUGAAAAUAUGGUCUUCAACAAGGAGAAUGAUUGUCACAUUUCAUGUGAUGAAGAAUUGGCUCUUCCUUUGUAUGUAAAUAAAACAAUAAUACAGCAGCCUGCACAGUUAAGGCAUCUCUCAGAAAUUUAUGCCGAAUUUGCAGAAGAAUUUAUGUCAGAAAGGAAGGAGCCUUUCUUCAUGUAUGUUGCAUUGUCACACAUACAUGUACCAUUGGCCCAUGGCCCUACAUUUGAAAAUAUUACUGGAAAAGGCAUAUUUGCUGAUACCUUGUUUGAGAUGGAUUGGCUCAUUGGAAAAAUUGUGAGAACAGCUAUGAGAUAUAGUAAAAAUAACUUGAUUUGGAUUCUGAGUGACAAUGGACCAUGGGAAGUAAAAUGUGACUUAGCUGGGUCAAGUGGCCCCUUUGUAGGAGCAUGGCAGCGAGAUGUGUUGCAUGGAGGUGGAGGAGGAAGUGCUGCAAAACAAACUGUUUGGGAAGGUGGUCACAGAGUUCCCAGCUUAGUGCUAUGGCCAGGAUACAUAGAGCCAGGAAGUAUGUCCAAUGCUUUGGUGUCUGCUCUUGACGUUUUUCCAACUAUUGCUGCAGUAUGCAACAUCUCACUUCCAACAGACAGAUAUUUUGAUGGUAUUGAUGUUCAAGGUAUCCUAACAGGAGAGUUGGAGAAAGCUCAUGAGGUGUUAUUUCACCCCAAUAGUGGAGCAGCAGGACCAGAAGGUGAAAUUGGGGCAGUAAGAAUUCAGGAGUACAAAGUUGUAUACUACUCUGGUGGCUCCCCAGAAUGUGGUGGCCGCACUGGUCCUUCAGUAUCACAUAUUUCGUCUCCACUUGUGUUUAACCUCAAGAAUGACCCUGGUGAGACAUACCCACUGAAGGUAACCAGCUCAGAAUGGAAGGCAACAGUGCAUGCAGCUGGGCAAGCACUUGCGUGGCUCCAUGAAAAUGUGCAGCAGGACAACACCAGCACUGUAGACUACACUAAAGAGCACAGUGCUCGGCCAUGUUGUGAUAAAUACAGUCCAAUUUGUCGCUGCCCCUGGGAUUAGGCCAGUGUUCUGCACUUUGACUAGAAAAAAGAGCCAACACUAGUCUAAAGAUAGUGUGAAUGCUGUUUUCUGUUACAUAUUUCUGUGCCCCCCACAUUGAUCCAUUGUCAGUUACGUGGUUUCCUUUCCCUUAUUUUAUACACUUUUCCUGAAACAGUUACAUCCACAUUGUAAGAUACUCACAUUAAGUCUUGCAGUUAAAAUAGGUUUCCAUUGAACAGAACUUUAAUUAGCUUACUAUUGUCAUUAAAAAGAAAGCAUCAUAAACGGAUAACAACACACUCUGUAAGCUGUAAAGUUUAGAAAUAAUUGAAAAUUUCAAACAGUUUUUGUAGCUGUUAGCAACUGAUAUAAUAUCAUUGUAUAACACAAAAGUGAGCUAUCUAAUGUUGAAAUGGAAGCCCAACUGAAAUCAGACCUUUUUGGUAACUCCUUUAAAGAAACUUUGUUUCAGAUUAAAACUGUGUGUCAGACUGAGACUCAAACUCAGGACCUUUGCCUUUCAUGGGUAAGUGCUCUACCAACUGAGCUACCCAGGCACAACUCAUGCCCCAUCCUCACAACUUUACUUCUGCCAGUUCCUCGUCUCCUACCUUCCAAACUUUACAGAAGCUCUCCUGUGAACCUUGCAGAACUAGCCCUCCUGAAAGAAAGGAUACUGCGGAGACAUGAUAUGUGGAGACAAUGUAUGUGGCCAGCAAGUUGACAUACUUUUUACUGAAAAAUGUACAUAACUGUAAAGUAACUGAUUCAUUCUACAUGGAGGAUCUUUAGUACAAUACAUGGAACUUGCAAAUAAGUAAA